CCAGCGCAGGGAGGUGCUGGUGCCGGUGCCAGUGCUGGUGCCAGUGCCGGUGCUGGUGCCAGCGCAGGGAGGUGCCGGUGCCAGUGCCAGUGCUGGUGCCAGUGCCAGUGCUGGUGCCAGCGCAGGGAGGUGCCGGUGCCGGUGCCAGUGCCAGUGCUGGUGCCAGUGCUGGUACCGGUGCCAGUGCCGGUGCCGGUGCCGGUGCCAGUGCCGGUGACGGUGGCGGCGGGGUCCCCGCAGGAGUGGAGCCGCUUCGUGCGGCGCCGCCACGGGCGCCCGGCGGCGCUGUCGGACCGGCUGGAGUUCCUCAACGGGUGGUACCUGCUGCUGGUCACCAGCGACCUCCUCACCGUGCUGGGCACCGUCCUCAAGAUCGGCAUCGAGGCCAAGAACUUCUCGGGCUACGACGUGUGCAGCAUCCUGCUGGGCACAUCCACGCUGCUCGUGUGGGUCGGCGUCAUCCGGUACCUGACCUUCUUCCAGAAGUACAACAUCCUGAUCGUGACGCUGCGCGCGGCGCUGCCCAGCGUGAUGCGCUUCUGCUGCUGCGUGGCCGUCAUCUACCUGGGCUACUGCUUCUGCGGCUGGAUCGUGCUGGGCCCGCACCACGUCAAGUUCCGCUCGCUGUCCAUGGUGUCCGAGUGCCUGUUCUCGCUGGUCAAUGGCGAUGACAUGUUCGCCACGUUCGCGGCGCUGCGGCCGAGCGGGGCCCUGGUGUGGCUCUUCAGCCAGGUGUACCUGUACUCCUUCAGCGCGCUCUUCAUCUACAUGGUGCUCAGCCUCUUCAUCGCCCUCAUCACCGGCUCCUACGACACCAUCAAGACCCAGUCCGAGGGUGACACGGCCGUGUCGCAGCUCCACGCCUUCAUCGCGCAGUGUCGGGACAGCCCCAAGUCCGGGAAGUUCCGCCGGGACAGCUCCGCCUCCUGCUCCGCCCUCUGCUGCUGCGGCCGGGCUCCUGCUCAGGACAACGCGCUGCUGGUGAACUGAGGGACACCGGGGACACCCUGGGGACACCCUGGGGACACCCUGGGGACACCCUGGGGACACCCCGACCCCCCCCCAGCUUUUAAUUUAUUUUAUCCUCUGCUUUUACCCGCCCGGGACCCCAAAUUUGGGGUGGCACCCCCGGCACCCCGACCCCACGCGGCUCCCAGUGCCAAACUGGGAGGACUGGGGGGGACUGGGAGCCCCCUCGGGGCUCCGUGGAGACCCCCGGGAUGGAUUUUUUUUUGGGGGGGGGUUUGGAACUUCGGGAUCUCCGGGAUGGAUUUUUUUGGGGGGGGUUUGGAACUUCGGGACCCCCAAAUCGGGAUUUUUUUGGGGGUAGGUUGGAACUUCAGGACCGCCAGGUGUGGUUUCGGGGGAAAUUUGGAGCCAUGGGACCCCCAAAUCUGGUUUUUGGGGAUACUUUGGGACCCCUGGAUCCGUUUUUGGGGACAC